CUUCCACCCACUAUUGCUUUGUGCAGCCACGUGUGUGGUUUUGUGCGCGAUCCACAUCAGCGAAUCUUCUCGAACAGCACCCAGUACCGACUGAAUCUAGUCUGGCCUUUUCCUAGGCCAAUUGCAUCAUUGCGGCGCAGUGCAAAGACAGCAGCAACUUGCAGUCAGCGCACACCAAGGAGACAAACACCAACACCAACAACCAUGGACGGAGGUGCAACUGCAAAGCGGACGGCCGCCACUGAUGACCAAAACGGCAAGAAGGCCAAAAUGGAUGGGGAGGCCCACGCCAUGUCGCUCAUCUUCUCGGUUGUCAGCAACGUCGGCGCCCUGGAGAACGCCCUCGACAUCUUCAAGCAACACAAUGUGGACCUGACGCACAUUGAGUCUCGCCCCUCCAAGGUCUCGGACAAGGAGUACGACUUUUUCAUCACCACCAAGGCCAAACCUGAUGCCAUUGACAAGGUCGUCAAGGAUCUGCAGCCGCUGGUGGCACGUGCACCCACGGUGCUGGACAAUGACCCCGACACCACCAACCCAACCUGGUUCCCCCGCAAGAUCCGCGAGCUUGAUGUGUUUGCGACACGUGUGCUGGAUGCUGGGCGCGACCUCAAGUCGGACCACCCGGGAUUCACCGACGCCGAAUACCGCAAGCGCCGCGCCUUCUUCGCAGACAUUGCCAUCAACUACAAGCACGGCGAGCCCAUUCCACGCGUGGAGUACACCGCCGACGAAAUCGCCACCUGGGGCCAGGUGUUCAACAAGCUGACGGCGCUGUAUCCCACGCACGCAUGCGCCGAGUUCAACCGCGUCUUCCCGCUCCUCGUCGAGAACUGCGGGUACCGCGCAGACAACGUGCCGCAGUUGGAGGACAUUUCGCAGUUUCUGAAGGACAGCACGGGCUUCCGGCUGCGGCCCGUGGCGGGCCUCCUCUCCUCCCGCGACUUCCUGGCCGGACUCGCCUUCCGCGUGUUCCACUCCACCCAGUACCUGCGCCACAAGUCAAAGCCCCUCUACACCCCAGAGCCAGACAUUUGCCACGAAAUUCUUGGCCACGUGCCCCUCUUUGCCGACAAGGGGUUUGCAGAGUUCUCCCAGGAGAUUGGCCUUGCAUCGCUGGGCGCCUCUGACGAGGACGUGACAAAGCUUGCCACGGUGUACUGGUUCACUGUUGAGUUUGGCCUCUGCCGCCAGAACGGCGAGCUCAAGGCUUACGGCGCCGGCCUCCUCUCCUCCUUUGGCGAGCUCGAGUACUGCUUGUCGGACAAGCCCAAGGUGCACCCGUUUGAGCCCGAGGUGACUGGUGUGACAGAGUAUCCCGUCACAGUGUACCAGCCGCAGUACUUUGUCGCCGAAAGCUUUGCCAGUGCCAAGGAGAAAGUCCGCAAGUUUGCGGCGAGCCUGAAGAAGCCGUUUACUGUUCGCUACAACCCCUACACGGAGAGCAUUGAGGUGCUGGACAACACGAGCCGCGUGCGCGACCUCGCCGUCAGCAUCAACAACGACAUGCAGGUCCUCUGCCAGGCCCUCGCCCAUCGCUCUUGAGCGCCCUUGCGUGCGUUCGCGCGCAGUUUUAUGUGUCAGUGUGCGGGUGUGGAUGGACACAUGUAGCCGCGCGCUGAACUCUUUGCACGUGUGCGUGCGUGUCGGUCUUGUGGAGGGGUUGGCUCGUCUCUUUCGUUGUUGGUUGCUGACUUCUCGCACGACCUCCUCCCUGCCUUGCUCUUUCCCUUUUGCUUUGCGUUUUUGGGUCGAUUUUUAAUGAAUACCACGACCAAUACUCCGCA